CAGCAUAUGAUGAGCGCCUGUCAGAAAACAUAUAAAAAAAACUUUUACACGUUUAAAAUAUGCAAAUGUAAUUAACUCUUCAAUUUGAAGUGACAGCGUCAUCACUUCAGGUCAAAGUUCAGCCAGCUAGCUAACCUGUGGAGGGUUUUGGCGUUAGCAGGAGCUAAUCAAUUGCGCAGUAAAGAAGAUUGGAUUUUUUUCACUUCUAAAAUCUCAAAAGGACCUAAAAUAUCUAGAAAAAUGAGAAUACAGUGACUUGUUGUAGCACGAGCCAAGCGUGUCUGUGACACCUCCUCAAUCUGCUGGAGCAGUUUUAAGAGCCAGAGGAGCAUCGGCUUGAGAUAACUUUAACCACAUCUGUGACGUUAUUGCCCGCCGCUGCUGGUGGAUUUGAGAAGCCUGUCGGCCAAACUCCGGCUUUUCAAGGAAUAGAUUUUGGGACAGUAAACAUUUAAAACGACCAUUUCUGCCAGGCUGGGUUUUCGAAGUGGCAGUGGCUGCAUCAUGUAUCGGAUGAAAGCGUUUUAUUUUCCCGGCAUCUUUAAUUAAAAGAAAGGAGAGAGAGAGAUCAGUGCCAGCGGCAGCUGGCAGGUAGCGGAGGAAAGUGGGAUGGCCGAGCGGUCUAAGGCGCUGCGUCAGUAUCUGGAUGGAUGUGGUGGAGGAAGAAGAAGCCUGGGUGGAAGAGGAAGAGGCUGAAACCUGAACCUCCAGUACAGCACUGUGGGGUCAUCUGUGAUAUCAGAGAAGCCCUCAUCCUCCUCCAGGUUGUCCUCCAUGUUGUGCUCCUCGACUAACUGAGCAGUCUCCUCUGAAUCAGGGUGCAUAUCCUGCAGGGCCUGACCAGUCUGCCAGAACAGAUACUGUAUCCCAAUAAGCUCUCCUGAAACAAUAGAGAGUCUGACAGAGAGAGUGGUUUAUCUUCAGAAGAUGAGGGAGACAUUCAGUGUGAGAUCCUGGAAAUUCAGAGGGAUGAAGCCAAUCAGAGGCUGUCUGAAUUGGAGGAAGUCUCCAAUCAGCUGUUGAAAGAGAUAAAUGUGCUGGAGAUGCAGUUCCAGAUUGAGCGCUCCUGCAGGGAGAGUGCUGAGGCGCUGGCUGUCAAGGUGACUAAAGAGAACAAAGUCCUGAAGAGGAAGAGCCAGAUGCUGAUGCCGUUCAUCCCCGAGCUGCCUGAAGACUUGGCUGCCAUGACCUUUGACCCAGAGACUGACCCCCCGGUUAACGGUGAUGAUGUGGUCGAUCUCGGUGAGGAGACGCUGCUCCUGGAGAGUCAAGCCAAGAUAGCAGCGCUGCAGGCAUCAGUGGACGGUCUGCUGGCUGAGAAGCUGAAACUGGAGCAACAAGUGGAGGAUCUGACCAAAGAGCAGGUCCAACUCAGAGAGCAGCUAGCUCUGGAGGUCAAGGAGAAAGAGGCCAUACUGAGGAAAGUGAGCAAACAGAACAAGACCAUGAAUAAAAUCAAACGCGUCUCCCAGCUUGUCACAGAGGAGUUCACAGAAAUGUCUCAGAAACUGGAGGUGGAGCAGGGCCUACGGCAGCACGCUGAAGUCUUCGCCCACCAGAUAUUGGUGCAGCAGAAUGCUGCCCACAGAGAGAGCGUGAUGCUGACGCAGAGCUCAGAGACCGGCCUGCAGCUGCAGCAGGCGCUGGAACAAAUUUCCAACAUCAGCACGGCCCUGUGUGACAUACAACGCUAUUACCAGAACCAGGUGAAACUGAGUCCGAGCGCUGUGGAAGAGAGCGGCAUCCUCUCUGAGUUGCAGAACCUGAGAGAACAGCUGGAGAAGAGUGAGGAGGAGAGGAAGGCCUUGAAGACUCAGCUGUCUGAAGCUACCAGCACUGUCACGGAGCUCCAGGUGGAAGUGAAACAGUUACGGGAUGCACUGAACCGGGAGGAUAAAAUUCAUGAAUCAGAGGAGAAAGCCGCUCCUGCUCCACCUCCGCCGCCGCCUCCUCCCCCUCUUCCUCCUCCUCCCCCUGCUGUCACCAAUUCACUUGAUUUCCUGCGAAGCAGGAGAAAAGAAAGAGCCAGUAAAGCUGAAAACCAAGCAGCACCCUCGUUGGACCUGAAGACGAAAGCUGUGGAUGAAAUGAUGGAGAGAAUAAAGAGAGGCAUCGUCCUGAGGCCCAUGAAGAGAAUACAGGAGGAUGACCACUCAUGGAAGGACCAGAGGAGUGAAAACAGAAAGUCAGCUAUCGUGGAGUUGAAAGGAAUGCUGGAAAACAUGAAGCGACAGCACCUCCGCAGUGUGCCUUCCAGACGGGGCCGAAAUGUUGGGGAAGCAGAGCUCCUGCAGGUGCUCCAGAGGAGGAGGCGAGUAAUGGGAGAGAACACGGACCAAACACAGGACUCCCGGCCAGGUUCACAGUGUGUCCCAGCAGCAGGAGAUGGUCCCUGGGCAGGCGAGACCGGCAGCGCCCCUGUGCUCCGGAGGCUGAAACAGAAUAGAGAGAAGAGAGACUCUCGCGUCAGAGCAUCGGCACUGCUCAACAGCCAAGAAAACUGAGAGCAGUUACAGGAAGUCUUAUUGUCAUUGCCAUUUUAUACGAUGAUGAGUUUGUGGAGGAAACUGCACCUCCAAUAAAAAAUAAAUAAUUUUGUGA